AUGGCCGAGAAAGAUAGAAAGGUGACGGAACGUGUUGAAGCAAAGAAGGAACUGGAGAGGUACAUAUAUGGCAUCAAGGCCGCGGCGAGUAAUCACAAUGUUAAUGUCAAUUGGAACGAACUUGACAAGGCCAACUUGGAGAUGGCACUGAGAGAAGCUUCGAAAUGGUUGGAUGGUUAUGGUUCGGAUCCAUCGUCGUCCAAGGAAGAUUAUGAGAAGGCGAUGCAGAAGUUGACAGAUGUAUGGAACCCCAUUAUACGAAAUGUUUAUGUGUAG